AUGGCGAGGGGCGGGACCGCGGCCUCGCGUGAGGGCGGCGGUGGCGGCGGCGGGCGCCGGGGCAGGGGCCUGGCGCCAUGGCGACCGCGGCGGAGGGGCUGCCCGAGGCCGGCGCGCAGCCCGCCAAGCAGGAUUCAGCUGUUGAAACAGCAGAGGAAGCUAAGGAGCCUGCAGAAGCAGACAUCAAUGAACUAUGUAAAGAUAUGUUCAGCAAAAUGGCCACUUAUUUAACAGGUGAACUGACAGCCACCAGUGAAGACUACAAACUCUUGGAAAACAUGAACAAAUUGACUAGCUUGAAGUACCUAGAAAUGAAAGAUAUUGCUAUAAACAUCAGCAGAAAUCUGAAGGAUUUAAAUCAAAAAUAUGCUGCUCUUCAGCCAUAUCUGGAACAAAUCAAUCUAAUUGAGGAGCAGGUUGCAGCUCUGGAGCAAGCAGCUUAUAAAUUGGAUGCAUAUUCCAAAAAACUUGAAGCCAAGUACAAAAAACUGGAGAAACGAUGAAAUUACAACAAUCUUUAAGUUGGAGUUGGGCUAUGAGUCAGACCGAUCCCUGUUUAAGUUACACAACACCAGUUUUAUAUGUUGACAAGGAUUUGGUAACAGCUAACAUCAUGACUGGUAAUCUUUUGUAUCUAUCGAAUACAGUAAGCUGUAUUCAUGCUUAAGGCUGAAUAGUAUUUCCUCUUCUCAAACGUUCCUGUUGCUUCCGUUGUUACACGGUGAAAAGUUGAAACUUGUCCCUAACCCGUACAUUGAUAUUGGCUGUGUUUAGUCCUGUGUCCCACAUGAAACGUUCUACCUAGGAAAAGCCCUGCAUAACCUAUAAAGAUGUCUUCCCGUAGUAGCAGCAGGACCUAAACCUAUUUUUUUCUUUCAUUGAGCUCUGCAUUAAGAAGAUUCCCUGGCCUUUGGAGUUACAAAUGCGGUAUUGAAAAUACUCGAGUUUGAUAUACAUCUUUAUCUGUUUGAAAUAGAGAGACUAGUUAUGAUAAAUUUACAAUAAAACAACUUGCUGCA